UUGUAACGGGCCGCCGCUUGGCACCGCUGGCGACUGCAUCAGCCAUCACAGCACAGACGACAACGAUACCAUCUGUGUCGGCACAGCCUAUACAUGUGCCUGUUACAACGGCACUGACAACAUCAGCACCGACAACUUCGGUGCAAUCAACCUUGGCAUUGUUAACCUCGGCAUCAUCACCAUUGUCUCAGACAUCUGCGUGGGCAACGUCAGCACUCUUAUAUCUAGUGAUGCUGAUGGAGCCAUUCAAAGAGCUGGACGUUUCCGGGUGGAAAAUGGAUCUUCUGAUGAGAAUGCAGAUUUCACACCAGGUACAUGGCGCAGAACAGAUGUGCACUUGGAAAACCCAGAGUACCACACCAGAUGGUAUUUCAAAUACUUUCUAGGAAAAGUUCAUCAGAAUUACGUAGGUACAGAUGCAGAGAAGAGCCCUUUUUUCCUGUCUGUUGUGCUCUCCAACCAAAACAAUCAGCGUGUCCCUCAAUACCGCUCAAUUCUCUGGAAAAAAACAGGUACUCAGAAAAUAUGCCUCCCUUACAGUCCCACGAAAACAUUAUCAGUGAAAUCUAUUUUAAGUGCAAUGAGUCUUGACAAAUUUGAAAAGAGCCCUAGGGAAAUUCCUCACCCUGAGAUACAGAAGGAUUUACUGGUUCUUGAAGAGCAAGAGGGAUGUGUAAAUUUCAAGUUUGGAGUUCUGUAUUCCAAAGAUGGUCAACUUACAGAUGAUGAAAUGUUCAGUAAUGAAAUGGGAAGUGACAGCUUUCAACGAUUUUUGAAUCUUUUGGGUGACACAAUUACACUGAAGGGCUGGACAGGCUACCGAGGAGGCUUGGACACCAAAAAUGAUACAACAGGAAUAUAUUCCAUCUAUACAGUCUAUCAAGGGCAUGAGAUAAUGUUCCAUGUUUCAACCUUGCUACCAUAUUCUAAAGAGAACAAGCAGCAAGUAGAAAGGAAGCGUCAUAUUGGAAAUGACAUUGUCACCAUUGUAUUCCAGGAAGGAGAAGAAUCUUCUCCAGCAUUUAAGCCUUCCAUGAUUCGCUCUCAUUUUACACAUAUUUUUGCCUUAGUGAGAUAUAAUAAGCAAAAUGACAGUUACAGGCUGAAAAUUUUUUCAGAAGAAAGUGUACCUCUCUUUGGGCCUCCCCUUCCAACCCCACCCGUGUUCACGGAUCACCAGGAAUUCAGGGACUUUGUACUCGUAAAGUUAAUAAAUGGGGAAAAAGCCACCUUGGAAACACCAACAUUUGCUCAGAAACGGCAGCGCACUCUAGACAUGCUGAUUCGUUCUUUGUACCAGGACCUUAUUCCUGAUCUGCACAAGAACAUGCUUAAUAGAAGGUCCUUCAGCGACGUUUUACCAGAAUCCCCCAGAUCAGCACGGAAGAAAGAGGAGGCCCGUCAAGCAGAAUUUGUCCGACUUGGUCAGGCACUGAAACUGAAAACCAUUGUGAGAGGAGAUGCCCUAACUAGUUCAACAACCACAAGUCUCUAUAAAAAGGAGCCAUGGGAGGCCCAGUGUUUCUGCAGUAAUUUUCCUCAUGAAGUUGUUUGUGCGGAUUCUUGGGGCCGGUCCUUGCUAGUUUCUACAGAUGUUGGUGUCCUGCUAAUAGACGAUGGCCAGUCGUCAGUGCAAGUAUUUGACAAAACUCUCCAGGUGAAACAGAUGCAUGUGCUGGAAGCUUUGGACCUUUUGAUUACCAGAGCAGACAAAGGGAAGGACUCUCGUCUCCUUGUCUUCAGGAUGAGCGCUGUACAAAAUGAGGUGGAAGUAAAGCAGAUGGCAAAGAGCAAAUAUGAUUGCAGAGAAAACAAACUUGAGAAAACAAAAGGCUGUCAUUUGUAUGCCAUUAAUACACACCAUAGCAGUGAACUAAGAAUUGUUGCAGCUAUUCGGAACAAACUGCUCCUCAUCACAAAGAAAAACAAUCAAGGCAACAGUUUAACCAGCAUCUCUUUGAUGUCACCGCUGUCUGACUCACCAGUAGAGGAAUUCCAGUACAUCAGGGAGAUUUGUCUCUCUGACCCUCCAGUGAUCAUGACUCUGGUGGAUGGACCGACUGGAGACAAUGACAAUAUGAUCUGUGUAGCAUAUCGUCAUCAGUUUGAUUUAGUUAAUGAGAGUACUGGGGAGUCCUACCGGUUACAUCAAGUUGAAGCAAGCAGGGUUAAUUUUGUUGCAGCUAUUGAUGUAUAUGAAGAUGGUGACGCUGGUCUACUGUUAUGUUAUAACUAUGUCUGCUACUACAGAAAAGUUUGCCCAUAUAAUGGGGGUUCUCCUUUGGUCCAGACAUCAACAUCAGAUUUCCACUUUAGUUGGAACCAGGUUCCUUAUGCUAUUGUGUGUGCUUUCCCUUAUAUCCUGGCCUUCACGACUGAUUCCAUCGAGAUCCGGUUAGUGGUGAAUGGGAACCUAGUCCACACAGCUGUGGUGCCUGAGCUGCAACUUGUUGCUUCAACGUCUGAUAUUUAUUUUAAAGCUACUGCAGCAGUAAGUGGAUCAUCCAAUAGCAGUUCCAAGGGGACCAGUUCAAACAGUUCUCCUCAGACACCUACAGUUCAUGAUAUGCCUGAAUUCCUUUCUUCCUCAGCGGAAGGUGAAAUUCAGCAUAAAAACUUAUUCAGAAUUCCUCUCAGUAACCUGGUGGGGAGGAGCAUUGAACGACCUCUGAAGUCACCAUUAGCUCCCAAAGCUGUCAUCACCCCGACAUUCAGUGCUAUUGCUUCGGCUCCUGUCACUCAUUCAUUAUCAUUGUCUCGUGUGGAAAUUAAAGAAAUUGCAAGCAGGACACGCAAAGAACUACUGGGCCUCUUGGAUGAGAGAGAUACCAAAUCAGAAGUAGCACAGAAGCAAAAGAAGGUUCCUCGAAAACGAUCAGACCUCAAGCAGGGAGCAAUAAGGUCAACAAGCAGUGACAGGAUAAUUUCAAGCUCUUUUGAAAGCAAUUCUGAAGGGCGUCACCUUUCCACUAGUUCAGAUCCUGAUACUGCAGCAAAUCGGGAGGAGAGCCCACCAUCUAGCAGUGCAUUUCAUCUCGCUAUUUCAUUUGAUGAAGACAUCAUUGACUUGAAGUGAAGACAGUCUCUUGUUUUCUUCUUUUCCUUUUCUUAUGACUCUGAAGGCCUUAGAGGAAUGUCACAACAUUUCUUUUAGUGAUAACAUAUGGCAAGAAAUGGAGUAUAUUGAGGCUUUAUUUGUGCAGAGUCCAAUUAGUUGAAGCUUUGUUGCCAUCUUUACGUUUCCCUUUCUUGGUUAGACAACCAUCGGUUCCUAUUGUAACAGGAUGGGUAGGUAUCAAUGAUAGCUUUAGGAUGAAAAUUUUAGUAAAUAAACGAUUUAUUUGUAUUCACUCUGAACUUAUAUUUGUAGGGCCUCAAUGACAGUAACACUUAGCUAGGUUAUUUGUAGCUGCCGCUAUUACAAAUUGCUCCACAGCACAGUGUGUCGUGUGAAAAUAUGAUCUUUAUAAAGAUAAAAACAAAUCUGUAACAAGGUUCUUUUCAGCCAGGAUCAUUUGUCCCUGAAAUGAUACAGUUCUGUUAUCACACUUGCAGAAGAACAAAAGAUAGUCUAUGAAGAUCAGGUAAGCUAAACCAUAAAUUUCUAUGGGUAAUUAAGAGUAAUUAACUGCUAGAACAAUUUACCAAGGGUCAUGGUGGAGUCUCUAUCACUGAUCAUUUUUAAAUCAAGUGAAUGUUUUUCUAAAAGUUCAGCUUUAGGAAUUAUUUUGUGUAAGUUAAAUGGCCUGUGUAUCUACAGGAGGUCAGACUAGAUGAAUGUGUUUGUCCCUUCAGGCCUUGGAAUCUAGGAAUAACAUAGGAACAUGCUUUCUUCUCUCAUCUUUUCAUGUAUUUUUUUUCUGAGAGGGAUCUGAAAACAAGACAUGAAGUAAAAAUUCUGGAAUAUAGAGAAUUUUAUAGAAAAAAAUCCCCUAAAAAUUGAAAAUCAAAGAUAAAGGAAGAAAGAGAUGUAUCAGGCUAACAAAGCAACUGGAUUAUUAUCCCUUUUAUGUACCUGUAGACUUAUCAAAAACCCAGUAUAUAGGAGCCAGCAUCUGAUUUUACGUUCCAUUUUCUAUAGAUAUUUGGACUUGCCAAUGAACCUCCUGUUAAUAUGCAGACACUUGCUUGUGCAUUAAUUCUGUAAAUGAUAUACCUUUAGACUGCUCCAAAUAGCCUGAGUGGAUCCAGGCUGAAAUUUCACUGAACAGCUAGGUUUACAUGGUUAAAUAGUAACUAUAAACCUUUUGAAGCAUGAAGGACAAAUUUCACCUAUAAAAUAUGAUUCUUGAGGCCUUUCCUGCAUUUUCUGUAUGCCAAAACAAUGAAUUUGAAACAAAAAACAAAAUAUUUUGGUUUUUCGUGAAAAUAUGUUUUCCUCCUUUUUUUAUUGUAAGAUGUUAGCUCUGUCUUGUUUCAUAAUUAGAAAUAGUUCAAUAUUUUCAUUAUUUUAGGCAUGCCUUGCUGGCGUCGUAAUUUUGUUUCCUUCUUAGCAUGAAUAGCUGACAACUUGUGCCCUGAGUGUCUCUGAAUAUGAUCCAGUUUCCUGCCUACUGCCCUGCAUCCAGUUACUUAGUUUUUGUGUAGGUAGCUGCUAAUUGCUUUGCCAAGAAAAUAGUAAUUAAUUGCAUGUAAAGUUUUGUUUUUUUUUAUUCUCAGCUAUAGUAGCUAAUCAAGGAAAGAAGCAAUAUUUUCAGCUGUAAUCAUUCUUUUAUUAGAAGAAAGUGUGUUAGCUAGUGAUUAGUAUUAUAGUAUUUUUAAACCAAUAACUCUGGGUUGUAAGUCUAAGAAAAACAUCUAAAAGAAAAGUGAGCUGAAAUUGUUUGCCAGAGCUUUCAACUCUUGUGAAAAAGCACUCCACAGUCACUGGAAAACACUUACAUACGCUAUACUGUUUGUCAGUUUAGUGCAGGUUGAAAAAUGAAGCUGAAAGAUGCCAGAUUUGGCACAAUUUUGAUGGAGUCUAGGGUCUGUCCUGUGUGUGAGAGACAGUAUUUCUUUAUACACCUGUAUCCAGGGCAGAUCAUGCCAGCAUGCAAGUGAACAACCAUGGGGAGCUCAUUUUAAUUCACCGUAAGAUUGCAUCUCAUCCUGAAGCACGGAGUAGUCUUUUCUUUCCCUUUCUCUAUCCUCAGCCUUGUUUCCCAUACAUUACAUAUUCUUGUGUGAGUUGUAUGUACAUGUGUUCGUGGGUUACUUUAGAACCUAUACCCGUGUGUUGCAAAUUCAGACUUUAGUUAAAAUAGUUUUAACUGGAAAUUUUGUUUCGAUUUGUCAAAAUAUCAAAUAGUAAAUUGAAAUAGUUUAUGGCUCGGUUCUCCUCUUCUGAUAUUUUAGUGCAGUCCACACAACUCGACAUCUGAGUAAAAAAUAGUAUUGGUUAGAGUAGGGCUACUCAACACACAGCCUAUGAGUCGCAUGCGGCCCAUGGUGCGGUUUGGAUUUCCCGGGCUCAUCACAGCCGGCAGGUGGGAGCCAAAACAAAAAAGUCAUCAAUAUAAUGGUCUUCUGUUGAUAUGCAUUUUAGUAGUUAAAUUCCUGGACUGUCAUUGCUCAUUAAAAGU